AUGCUCAUUCUAAAGUCUCUGACGAGGAAUUUGUUGCUCAACAGCAGUGUUGUGACGAAUCGAGCACGAAUCAUUGCUGCAACACCAAAGCAGCAGGCUUUUUAUAUAUCCCACUCAGCGAUUCAGAGAAACGCCUUCACCAUGGCUACAGCAGGAGAAGCGCCAAAAGACACAAAGGAGCCAUGUCCGGUCAAGGAAGAGCUUCCAAAGCUCUCUGACCAUGAGUUUAGGAUAUACAACCGUCUUGCUGAUAAGAUGAACUGGUUUCACAACAACUUCCGCCAAUCAUGGAACGUCCUCUGGCAGGCCUGCACCACUGGCCGCCGCCCCCAAGGCAUGUCCCUCAAGCAGCUCUUCCAGAUCGGCACCGAAUUCGCCGAGCACCUCACCGUGCACCACCGCAUCGAGGAGACGUACUUCUUCCCCAUGCUGGCCAAGCGGAUGCCCGAGUUUGACCCCAAGAACGGCGACCUGGUCAAGCAGCACGCGCAGAUCCACGAGGGGCUGGAGGGCUUUGAGGAGUACAUUGACCAAAGCAAGCGCGGCGAGAGGGACUUUGAGCUGAGCGUGUUGAAGGAGAAGAUGGAGAGCUGGGGAGGCGUGCUGUGGGCGCAUUUGGACGAUGAGGUGCGGUCGUUGGGGGCGGAGAAUAUGAGGAAGUUUUGGACGUUGCAGGAGAUCCAGCGGUUUAACAUGUAG